AUGAAUGAGGGAGUGGACGAUGCGGACUUACCCAAGACGUUCAGAGAUGCCAUAACCGUUACUAGAAAGCUCAAGGUUCACUACCUGUGGAUCGAUUCUCUGUGCAUCAUGCAGAAGUCAGGCCAGGGAGAGGACGAAGAAGCAAAGGCAGACUGGCAACGGGAGGCGAAACUAAUGGAAAAGGUCUUCAGCUCGGCGUACCUCGUCCUCGGAAUCGAACACGAUGUCAACCUCCUCACCUCCGUCCGGCCCAUCCCCCUUACCAGCGGCUUCCGCGGACUCGGCAUCGUCUCCCCAGCGCCUGCCGCCGUCUCUCACCUUAACCAAGCAUACUGGGAAUGCGGCGAGGGCAUUCGCUGCGAGACUUUUACCAAGACUGAAAACCGAAAAGCGUCUUUUCUGGGCGACUCAAACUUUCCUUAUUCGGUGAAAUCCCAUAAGCAGGGCCGGCAACUCCAGCAUUACCAAGGCCUUUACGAGCGCUACUCAACACUGGGUCUAUCGUAUGAUACCGAUAGACCGAUGGCUAUCGCUGGUCUUGAGAAAAGGCUGAUGAGUGCCCUCGAGUCUGCCGGCGGGUUCGGCGUCCUCCAGGCCAAUUUCCAUCGGGACUUGUUGUGGCAGCGGCGAAACUCCGAGAGCACCCUGAAGAGGAUUGACUUUGGAACGGCAAAUCACGUCAGGAUUCCAUCGUGGUCCUGGAUGGCCUACAGCGGAGAGAUCCGAUACAUGAACGUUCCGUUCGACGAUAUCCUGCGCGCGGACGACAUCCAGUCACCUUUCAAAACGCUUCCGCCAGGGGUGUCGUACGCCGAUUCCGACCGGCGGGGCCGAGCCGAGCUCCGGGCUCCUGUACACACCAUUGCAGUGCAGAAACCGGAUUGGCUCAUCUUGGACGAGCCGGAACGGCCGCUGCCCAGGCCUCUUAGCUGCAUCAUCGUGGGUAAGAGCAAGCACCACAAGAGCGAACAGCCGACAUGCUACGUGCUGGUUGUGUCUCUCGCCGGCAAAGAGGGGAACGAAGACUUCUUUGAGAGGGUUGGCGUCGCGUACCUUAAAGCAGAUGAAAUUGUGUGUCAGGAGGCUAUGGUUGUCAGUAUCCGGUAA